AUGGGCUUCAAAAUAACGCGCUCACAGCGUUUGUCCGCAGUGAUUGGGAUUUCCUCGGUUUUCUUCGUGGCGGAGAUUUCCAGUAAAGACGCCUUGUUGUUCUUCUUCCUCCCUUUCCUGCGUUUUCUGGUGUUUGCGCCUUGUUGUCUCAGGAUCGUCGGAUUUUAUACGCAUUCUUUGGCUUUGAUCGCUGAUGCCUUCCACUACUUGAAUGAUCUGAUCGGCUUUAUAGUGGCAUUGGUGGCUCUCAGGGUAGGAUACCUGGACUCUUCCCAAAGACUACACAAACGACUAACGGACGAUGCGCCCAAAUCCUUGUCCUUCGGAUGGCAGCGAGCCCAGCUACUCGGCGCUUUCUUUAACGGUGCGCUUCUUUUCGCCCUGGGGAUCAGCGUGUUCCUACAAUCGAUAGAGCGAUUCAUUUCAAUGCAGUAUGUGGAGAAUCCCAAGCUUAUGUUCAUCAUGGGCGCUGUGGGAUUGGGUCUGAAUCUGAUCAGUGCAAUCUUCCUGCAUGGUGCGUCUGGUCUCCGAUGGGCAGAACAUGACCACGGACACGGUCAUCAUGAGCAUUCGGCAGGACCGUUGUCCCCGAUUCCACAUAGCAGUUAUGAGUCAGAUAUCUCCGAGCAUCAUAAUCACAAACACCAAAUGCAUGGCACGCAACCGACCUCCCUGGGACAUGAUUUGGGUAUGCUAGGUGUUUUGCUCCACGUGGUCAGCGAUGCGGCCAAUAACCUAGGGGUCAUGGCUGCGGCCUUGGUGAUCUGGCUGGCACAUUAUGAGGGCAGGCACAAGUAUGGGGAUCGCCAUGAUGAUUAUGCUGUCUUCACUUCCUCUCGGUAUCUUGAUCUCGUCUUGGAUUGCGUGGUGACUCAGCUGAGACUGUGUAUAGUGCGACGAUCUGGCCUGAUUCUGUUGGAGAGCGCUCCAAACGGGUUGGAUCCGGCGGACGUUAAACAUGAUCUGGAAAAGGCACGUACUAAUGCUUCGGGAGCAACAUCCAGAGAAGCCAUCCUUGUACCUGGUGUUUUAGCCAUCCAUGAGCUUCACAUCUGGCGUCUGAAUCAGAACAAGACUCUAGCAUCGGUCCACGUCGUAGUCUCCGAUCCGUCCGUAACGAACUUUGCGAAGACGACCAAGACCAUCAACGAGUGCUUUCAUGCGUACGGCAUCCAUUCGGCAACACUCCAGCCGGAAACGUGUUCCAUGGCGGAGGUCAUCUGUACAGAGCAUGAAUCGGUGGAGACCGUGCAGGAGCUACGCAAGAGAUCGCUGGAGAAAUGCCAAAUGAUGUGCGGAACGUUGUGUGAGGAGUUGACAUGCUGUGGGUAG